AUGAAUGAGGGUAAUGGUCAACCAAGCCCAUUUCAUACUGGCCGCCACCACCAGUAUCACUACCAACCGUGUCUGCAAAGUGCAAACCAAUCUGCAGAGAUAUCAUUUCAAUCACGAAGCCCUAAUCCCAAAUUCAUUAUCCCCCUGAUUCACGCCAUGAAUUUCUUCAAAUCAAUCCUAACAGACGAUCCGGAUCCUCCCAAAUCGGUUAAUCCUCACGAAUCUGACCCGGGUUCCCCUCUCAAAUCGACCGGCGACGGUCGGGGAUCGGACGACGCGGCCGGCGGGUGGGGUUUCGGCGGCUUGCUCAAGACCCUCGCGAUCGAUUCGGUGAUCGAGACGUACCGCCGGGAUCUGAAGGAAUUCGGGUCGGGCCUCAAGAAGGAGAGCGAGAUACUGCGCGAGUCGGCAAGCCGAGCCGUGAAGGAUCUCCCGGCCUCGCUCGAAGCCAGUGCUUCGGUGCCUCAAGGCGCUCUGGAAGCCCUGAAGUUGAAGGCCGAGAUCGUUGCAAAGGAAUCACUGGGUCCCACGUCCGACGGUGAAUCCGAGACGCCGGGGACCAAUCUGAGCUUGAGCUCGGCUCGGUACAGCUGGUUCGAGGCUCAGCUGGGUGCGAUCCAGAGUGAUCCGGCUACUUUCUGUGAGGAUCCAGAGGAUGUGGAAGAGUAUGUGAAGUGGAGAUCAGGAUUUGAUUUGGAGAAGAAUAAGGAUGAAAUCGAUGGUUUGGUCGCGGAAAACGGGAAUCUUGAGGGCGUUUAUAAGAAGUUUGUGCCCAGUGCUGUUGAUCUGGAGACUUUCUGGUGUAGGUACUUUUACCGAGUGGAUAAGAUCAAGCAGCAGGAGAGCGUGAGAGCCAAUCUAGUGAAGCGGGCUAUUACUGUUGAGGAUGAGGAGGAAUUGUCUUGGGAUUUUGAUGAUGAUGAUGAUGAGGAUGUUGCUGUUAACUGCAAUGCGGGUGGUGUGAAUGUGGGAAAAGGAGAUGAUGUCAUUACAGAUAAUAAAUUGAGUACCGGUGAAAAGCAAGAGGCUUUGAACGUUGAGUCACGAGAGGUUAAGGAAGGAAAUGAAGUUGAGUCGAAUGGAAAUGGUAAUGCAAAGGUUGCUUUGGAUCAGAAAGAAGUUGAGUCCGAAGUGAAAAGGGAUGAGAAAGUGGAAUCUGGACAAAAUUUGAAGGAUAAUAGUGACGAGAAGGUGAUUGUGGAUGAGAAGGUAAAUUCUUAUGAGAAAAAUGGUUCUUCUGUUGUGUCGGGUGAUCAGCCUAAAGUGGUGAAGGAGGAAGAGGAGGAAGAUUUAGGGUGGGAUGAAAUUGAGGACAUUGGAAGUGAUGACGAGAAAAAAGUCUCGUCAACUGCUCAAAGUAGCAGCCUGGACAGAACCGAAAUGAGGAAACGGUUGAGUGCUGGGGAAGAUGAUGAGGAUUUGAGUUGGGAUAUUGAGGAUGACGAUGAGCCUGUGAAAAAGCCGUGA